AUGUCGACAUCAGCCCCAAGAACAAAACCAUGGGAGGUAUCACAAGGCACAAGCGCAGCUUCAACGCAGCAAUCACAGGCUUCCAACACCGCCACCACCUCUACCACCACCAAUAGUAACACAUCCACAGGAGUAAAUCCUGGUGUACCUGAUCGUCCAAGCUCACUCACCUCUGAUUUCAAUAAUAUGGCAGACUCGUCACCCUAUGGCUCAAACAAUACAUAUGGCACCAACACAACAUAUGGAUCUACUAAUCGAUAUGGUUCAGGGUAUGGCUCGGGGUACGGUUCUGGCAUGUACGGUUCAAGCUAUGGUUCUGGGUAUGGUUCUGGCAUGUACGGCUCAUCUGGCAUGUAUGGUUCAGGGUAUGGCUCAGGCAUGUAUGGCUCGGGCUAUGGGUCGUAUGGCUCUGGAAUGUAUGGUGGAGGUGGCAUGUAUGGAUCUGGAAUGUAUGGCGGAGGAGGAAUGUAUGGAAAUAAUAAUCCCAUGAUGCAAGGCGGAUUUGGAGAAGGUACACAAGCUACAUUCCAGUUGAUUGAAAGUAUAAUUGGAGCCGUUGGUGGGUUUGCUCAGAUGCUUGAGGCAACGUAUAUGGCUACACACCUGAGUUUUUUCACCAUGGUGAACCUUGCUGAGCAGUUUGGUAACUUGAAAAAUGCAUUGGGAAGUUUAUUAGGAAUAUUUGCAUUGAUCAAGUUUGUCAAGAAAAUGUUUGCCAAACUCACCGGAGUCGACUACAACAAUGGAAUGAAUAUGGGCGAGUUUAUGAAGUUUGAGAAACAACAAAAGAAACUCGAAGAACUGGCAAGAAGACAAGCUGGUGGUGGCCAGGCUGGCAAGCAAGGCAAAGGAAGAAUGUCGUUGAAGCCAUUGCUCUUGUUCCUUGCCGCUUCAAUAGGUUUCCCUUAUUUAUUGAGCAAAGCUAUCCAAAUGUUGAAUGAACAAAAUAGAAGGAAACAGUUGGAAAUGCAACAACAACAGCAGCAGCAACAACAACAACUGCAAAUGGAAUUACAGAAUAAUAGAAAUCCAUUUGAUCCACUGAAUUUACAGUUUGCCAAGGCAUUGUACGAAUUUAAUCCUGAGAACCCUCAAAUUGAAAUAGAAUUGAAGCCAAACGAACUAGUUGCAAUAUUGUCUAAGCUCGAUCCCAUGGGUCAGGAGAGUAAAUGGUGGAAAGUUCGUUCGAGAUCAGGGGCAAUGGGGUACGUUCCAUCUAAUUACCUUUCUGUAAUUGAAAGAAAACCACAACAGCAGCAGAUCCAAAAUGGACCUGCUUCCGUGCUGCUGCUGACUUUACAGCAACAACCGCCGUUGAAACAAGCAGAACUGGCGCCUGCGGGUAAAGUCCCUACACAAGGUUUGAAACCAGAAAAGUUACUAGAAGAGUAUAAGAACUUUUAA